UUCCCCCAAUUCACCAAACCCGCACCAUUGUCCAAUAUGGUGGCCGGCGUUAAAUAAAUAGUUUUCCAUUUUUGUGAUGUUCUUAACCCAUUUCGUUGUCCAAGUGUGCAAUUUUCCUUUAAAAGUGAUGUUUUUCCCCUGAAAACCAAUCAAGAUGAAAUGGGCCAUACUCCUAACCAUUUCGUGCAUCGGCCAAGGCUUGCAGCAGGAGCCCAUCAUCGAAAACUCCCAAAUAACCCAUCGGGACAAAUGCCAGCAAAUUACAGUGCCUUUUUGCAUCGACAUCCCUUACAACAAAACCACAAUGCCCAACAGCCUGGGUCACAGCACCCAGGACGAAGCCGGCCUCGAAGUGCACCAGUAUUUCCCCCUAAUCAAGAUCAACUGCAGCCCCCAUAUGCAGCUGUUUCUGUGCACGGUCUACAUCCCGCUUUGUACCAUCCUGGACCAGCCGCUGCCCCCGUGCCGGUCGCUGUGUCUUUCCGCCAAAAAAGGCUGCGCCGGGGUCAUGAUGAAGUUCGGCUUCGAGUGGCCGGAAGCCCUCAAUUGCGAAAAGUACCCAGUCAACACGCAGUUGUGCAUCGGGAAGGAUAACGUCUCCGUGAAUGGGGUGACGGAAGUGAGUGAAAUUCCCGACAACAAUAAAGGGAAAGAGUUUGUUAGGGAGUUUCCAAAGUAUCCCAGAGAUUUCGGGUUUGUUUGUCCGGUGCAGUUCCAAGUAAAAAGUCCCGAUUAUUCACUCACGGUGGGGCAGAGGACGGUGAAGAAUUGCGGCGCUCCGUGCCAUAUGAUGUUCUUCAGCGAGACCAAGCGGCAAUUCUCGCAGGUUUGGAUAGGCACUUGGGCUGUGCUUUGUUCAGCGAGUUGUCUUUUCACCGUUUGCACGUUUUUGAUCGACACUGACAGGUUUCGGUAUCCGGAAAGACCCAUUAUUUUCCUGUCAGUGUGUUAUUUGAUGGUUGCUUUGGCCUACGUUGUUGGAUUUAUCGCUGGGGAUUCGAUUGCCUGCAAAGAACCGUCGCCCCCAGAAAAUGGGAUAACGAAAGUGAGCACGAUUAUGCAAGGGACCAAGUACGAGAUGUGCACGAUACUAUUCAUGGUGUUGUAUUUCUUUAGCAUGGCUUCGAGUAUUUGGUGGGUUGUUUUGACCCUGACGUGGUUUUUGGCAGCUGGAUUGAAAUGGGGGCAUGAGGCGAUAGAGGCGAACUCGCAGUAUUUUCAUCUGGCGGCGUGGGCGAUACCAGCGAUUAAGACCAUCACGGUCCUGGCCAUGGGCAAAGUGGAUGGCGACAUUCUGAGCGGAGUGUGCAACGUCGGCAUCUGGAACGUGGAGGCCCUCCGCAUCUUCAUCCUCAUCCCCCUCUGCAUCUAUCUAGUCUUCGGGUUGGUAUUCCUAACGUCAGGUUUAAUUUCUCUCUUUCGAAUUCGAACCGUAAUGAAACACGACGGCACGAAAACCGACAAACUCGAGAAACUCAUGAUACGCAUUGGCGUUUUUUCAGUAUUAUAUACCGUACCUGCGAUGAUCGUAAUCGCGUGUUUGGUUUACGAACAGUUUUAUUUCGACGAUUGGAUGAUCACGUGGAGCUAUGACAUGUGUAGGAAGCAUAGCUAUGCGGUGCCUUGCCCGCCCGACGUCCUCGAAAAUACCCCAAGGCCUUUGUUUCCCAUAUUCAUGAUCAAGUACCUGAUGUACAUGAUCGUGGGGAUCACUUCUAGUGUGUGGAUUUGGUCGGGCAAGACCGUGCAUAGUUGGAAGGUGUUCUUUAACCGAUUGAGAGGAAGGCAGGCGGCUUAUGUUUAAAAACGAGAUUUCUUAUAUCAAGUUGUAUUCACAGUGAGAUAAUAGUUCGUUGUAAUUGAGCAUACGCAAUACAAGCAACUUGUUCUCUCAAACCGUGAACUGUGAGGUUAGGUAAUAACGAUAAUUUGUGAAAGUACUGUUAAAAACAAAGAUAUUGAAGAUUAUACCGAGAGGUUUAAACCCUUGCAGUACAGUGACUAGCGUUUCACUUUAAUACAAUUUAAAAAAAAAACAACAAUAUUGAUUUUUAAACAAAAUGUGUGGUUAAUACAAUUCCCACACGUUCCUGUAUCUGGUAUUUGCAAACAUCCGCUAAAAUCUAGUACAAUGACAUAAGUACUGCGCAGACUCAUAUCAUACAAUUUGACGUUACGUACGUAUGUAUUACAUACCAAUUAUCUCAUUGUGAAUGGACCUUAAGUGUGUUUUUGACUGAAUUGCAAGUUAGCUACCUCUACAAUGUAGACAUUGUCCAAAUUUUUAUGUUUACUGCCAAGUGAAACAGUUUUUAUUUUUUCUACUAAUGUCUAUUGGCAUCUAUUUUUGUAAGUACGUGUGUACAUAUAGUAUGCAGCUGUCUUCUACAACUAUUUUUAAUAUACGAAAGCAGCACAAAUUUGACGUCAAUUUUCAUCUCACAAGCUUUGGCAACGACACCAAAACACUAAUUUGUAGAAUCGUGUUCCGAUUUAGUUACCCAGUGGUCAUAGAUCAAAAACUGUUAUACCGAAAUUUUAUUUUAUUUAAAUGGGAUUAUCACCAUGAUUACUGUUCUAUAAUAGAACGAUUAUAGCAUGUAAAACGUGAAGUGCUCUCCAGUACAGCAAUACAACGAAAAUGGUUACGCACAAGUAUAAUGAUUUAAUCCGCGCUAGUAAUACUAAUGUGUUCAAUGUUUAACCAUUUUCGCACCAUCUUGAUCACGAAGCUUCCAAAUUUGCUUAAACGCACAUUUUUUUUUUUCGAACGAAGUGUAAUAUAUUUUUGUACAUUUUUGUAUAUAAUAGUUGCAUUUAUACAUAAAAUCUAAUUUAACUCGACUGAGGGAUUAACGUUUUCAACUGAAAGUGAUUACAUUUUAUUCAAGUCUGUUUUUAAAACUACGUACUUUUUAUAUUGUAUUUUUUAUAUUCGUGUUUUAACAUUAAUCCAGUUAAUUUUAUGUACGUGUAUUGUGUUCGAAAUUUUAUAAAAUGUGAGAAGCUCAAAGUACUUUAACUGUUGUGAUGCCGUCAAUUAUACAAAACUUUAUAGCAGAGUUAAUUUUUGAGCUUGUUGACUAUUUAGAAUAGGUUCUUAGUUUGUUGUAUGUUGUAACAAUGAUAUUACUUUGACUCAUUUUUACUAUUACGUAUUUUACAUGUAUGUUCUGUAUAUUAUUGCUAAAACGAAUAAAUUAAUGUUUGUGAA